UUUAACCAUCUGGUCGAACCAUCAACUAUAAAAAUCCUUAUAACCCUCCAUCGUUUGGUCACUGCUCCCGCACCACCAUCGCAAUUUGCAUCAAACAUGGCUCGCGUUCUCGCCGCAAUCGCCGUCGCGACGGCGUUCCACCUCCUCGCCAUGCUCCACGGUGCCUCAGCCGCGCGGCCGAUGGGAAGGCAGCAGGCGGCCGCAUUCCGGACGGGGACGUUGGCGUUGGCGCCGGCUGGAGAUCAAAAUCAGCAGCGGCGCACGGCGGCGGCGGCGGCCGCCGAGGCCGGGAAGUGGCUGCCGUUCGCGGGCGUGCACCACCACCUGCCGGCGCCGGCGUACUGGGCACACAGGCCGGCGCCGUGGGUUGGAGCCGGCGGCCUGGGCGGCGCAGGCGCCGUGGAAGGCGAAGGCGCCGAGGGGGAGGUGCUCGUGCGGGAGCGGGAGCGACGCCAGCGGCCGAUGUACGAGGGCGAAGGGACGAUCACUAGGCAGGAGCAGCUCGCAAUGUGGGCGUCGCUGCUCAACCCCGAGGGGAAAGGGAGGACGGCCACGGGCUGGCUGCCGGCGCCGGGAGCUGGCGAGGUGGCCUACGAGGAGCCGGUCAAGGCGGCGGACGCGGUUGAAGGGGCGGAGGCGGACGACCCGGCAGCCGACGGCGCGCGGGCCGGACAGACCUAUUGGGGAAACAAUGGCAACUGACGACGUAGAAGAUGACACUUAUGUUUUGCAACAGGAACUUAUAAAAUGCAGAAAUAUAUGUUAGGCAAAAUAUAUAUAUUGUGAACGAUAAAAAAUACUUACAUUCGAUUGUAGCCGUGAUUAUGGCCAAUAGGACUUCUUAUAAAAGCACUCUAUAAUAUCUAAAUAUAAUCUC